GCAUAGCUUAUAUAUAUAUAUAGAACUGGUGUCUCCUUUCUUCACUUACAUUCCACCAAUAUGGCUGUCAGGGUCUUCUGCCUCGUCUACGGUUCUCUGGUGGUGAUGUGUCAGUUGAUGACCACACAGGCAAGCGUGCUUGAGUGUCAGACACCGGGAAGGUUCCCCAAUCCUGAAGACUGCAGUAGCUACGUGGACUGUCUACCAGAUGGUCCUGACGGUCAACUUAGGGCCAGGGAAGGUGACUGUUUCGGCUUUCCUUAUUCCCCUGCCGAGCGUCUCUGUGUUCCCCUUGAUCGGGAUACAGGUUGUGCCACCAAGGGAUUAAGGAAUAGCCUCCCAGUCCCAGCUCUUCAAUACCUGUGUGAAGGAACAAGCAACGUAGGCUGCAUCCACUGCAGGAUGGCCUACCAAUGCAUCGGGGACAACGUUUAUGUCUCUGAGUGUGAAGACCCGGACAUAUGUUCGGAAAACGACUCUUUUGGCGGAGGAGCAUGUUUACCAUAUAGUGUCCUGCUUUCUGGUGAUAACUGCUACUGUAGCAAAACAGGACUGAUAUCCGAUAGUUACAAUGAUACAUAUUACAUGUAUUGUGAUGCAAAUGCAACUCCGGUAAAAAUUGAUAUGUUCAGUUGCGCCGAAGGCGAGACAUUCGUAGAUUCUACUGGCAAAUGCGAGGCUCCUCAACCCAUUGAAAUUCCUCCUUGUGACGGAUCGUCAGCCACGCGAGUCAAUCCCAACGACUGUAGCUAUUCCUACACCUGCCUUCCUGAUAACUCAGUCAAGACAUCUUACUGCGGCGAAAAUAAAUACUUCUAUGAGAACAACGGAACCUGCGUGGACGCGUGUUCUCUCGACAUCUCACUACCUACUGGUGGUGCUCUGUGUCCGGAUGAAGGCAACCAAAUGGAUCCUGCAGACUGCACCAAAUAUUACGUGUGUUUGAUACCAGGUCAAGAGCCAUAUACCUCGAAGCAGUGCGUAACUGGAUUUUUUGACUCCAAUGAAAAUAAAUGUGUGUCAGAACCUAUUCCUUCCGGGUGUAUCCCCGUCGAUUACACUAAAUGUCCCGGACAUGACCAGCAGAAUUGUUCGUAAAACGCCUAAUGCUUCACGGAAUUUAACGUAAUGUAAUAGAUGCCAGAAACGAAAGCCUAUGUUUUUUUUUUUACUUACGUAAAAUUUCAUUUGAGAAUUAACUAUGUAAACAACUUUAUAAUUA